UAAACCCAAGCCUUGGCCCCGAGGGCUGGGCUCCGGGAGCUGAGUGGUGGUCCCACCACGCUGAAAAAGCGUGAUGGAGUACCCAGUGAUGGAAACUGGUUCACUUUUUACCUCAGGAAUUAAAAGACAUGUGAAAGAGAAAAGAAUUUCAAAGGCUGCUAAGUUGAAUGUUUCUCUUGCUUCAAAAAUCAAAACAAAAAUAAUAAACAAUUCUUCUAUUUUCAAAAUUUCUUUAAAGCACAACAACAGGGCAUUAGCUCAAGCUCUUAGCAGAGAGAAAGAGAAUUCUCGAAGAAUUACAACUGAAAAGAUGCUAUUGCAAAAAGAAGUGGAGAAACUGAAUUUUGAGAACACAUUUCUUCGUCUAAAGCUAAAUAAUUUGAAUAAGAAGCUUAUAGAAAUAGAAGCACUCAUGAACAAUAACUUGAUAACUGCAAUUGAAAUGAGCACUCUUUCUGAGUUCCAUCAGAGUCCCUUUCUUCUGCCAAGUAGCAAGAAGAAACGGGUUAGUAAACAGUGCAAAUUGAUGUGUCUUCCAUUUGCAAGGGUUCCAUUAACUUCAAAUGAUGAUGAUGAUGACGAUAAAGAGAAAAUGCAGUGUGGCAAUAUCAUGUCAAAGACAUCACCUGAUAGCCCCUCUUUGGUAUCAACUCAGCAUAACUUGGAAUUGUUAUUUCUUAAAGAAAAUGAUCAGAAUGUUUGUGGUGUAAAUGAUUCAAAACACAUUUCUUCUAUUGUUGAUAUACUUCCCAAAGAAAGCCAUUCCCAUUCAGACCAAAGUUCCAGGAGUUCUCUAAUGAGUGAGAUGAAAAAUGCCCAGUUGAUGAGCCACAGAAAGAAGUCAUCUCCUAGUAAUGUGACUAAAAGGAAAAAACGAGUAUCAUCUUGGGAAUCAAAUAAUCCUGCAGACACUCCCUGUGUAACAGAUUUGGAUCAACAACAGAUUUCAAGUCCAAUAUUAAAUUGGAAUAAUGAAAUAAAAGAUUGUACUAACGAAGCAAAUAUUAAAAUGCAAAGAAACAUAAUGUGCCUUCCUGCCUCAUCUGAGUCUACAAGUGAACCUACUGCAGAGGGCAUGAAUCCAGUUCAGGUUAAUGAUGACUUUCAAUUGCAAAAAACUGUGUAUGAUGAUGACAUGGAUUUAACUGCUAGUGAAGUAAGCAAAAUUGUUACAGUUUCAACAGGCACUAAAAAUAAAAGAGAUAAUAAAAAACCAAAUGAUUGUGGAAUGACAACUUUCAGAAAAGUGAAAGAUCCAAGCUCUGAAAAAAAGAGAGAAAGAUCAAAGAGACAAUUUAAAAAUAGUUCAGAUGUGAAUAUUGAGGAAAAGAUCAAAAAUGGACUGGAAAGAAGAUCUGUUGUCCUGGAUGGCAAAGGGGAUUCAGAAGAACCAAAUUUUAUUUUCAGUACUGAACAGCUGACUCAGUUGAACAUGCUGAAGAAAAUAACCCUUCAUAAUGGCUUUGAUCAGGAUGACAGACAAAGUACACAGUAUAACAAAAAGAAGAAAAGAAUUCAUGUAACAGAUGAUCAAGAGGAAACAUACUCUUUCUCCCAAAGUUCAGAUAAAUUCCAGCAGGACAGUAAAUUUGAUAUGGGUCCUAGUUCUCUAGCUUAUAAGAAAAGUAAAACUUCUAGACAGACAUUUGUGAUUCAUACAUUAGAAAAAGAUAACUUAUUCCCAAACCAAAAGGUUAAGGAAACCACCUCUGAAAACCUAGGAGUCACAAGUGAAUUUCAAACAGCUUAUCUUUCCAACAAAGAUAAUGGAAAGUUACGUGAUUAUGAGACCCAAAAUAUGUUAGAUUUGAAAAAGCAUGUCACUGAUAUGCAACCCACUCAGCAAAAUGAAUCAAAAAUAAAUAAGAAGCUUAGGCAGAAAAUAAAUCGGAAGACAGAAAUAAUUUCUGAAAUGAACCAAAUACUUGGGGAUAAUGCCAAAGAUGUGCAAGGCCCAGGAAAAGGUAACUUUUCCUUCCAAACCCGAGAGGAUAAAGAAAUCAUCUCUGGAAACCUAGAAGUUUCAAAUGACUUUCAAAAAUCUGGUAUUUCCACUAGCAAUAAUGGAAACCUGUGUGAUUGUGAGACCCAGAAUGUAUUGGGUCUGCAAAAGCAGAUCACCGACGUGUACCCUGUUCAGCAAAAUGAAUCAAAAAUUAAUAAGAAUCUUAGGCAGAAAGUAAAUCGGAAGACAGAAAUAAUUUCCGAAGUGAAUCUUUUAGCUAAUAACAAAAGUGGGUAUUGCCCAGAAAAGGGUAACUCUUUCUUUCUAACCCAGGAUAAAGAAAUUAUCUCUGAAAACCUAGAAGGCACAAGUGAAUUUCAAACACCUCCUCUUGCUUCCAAAGAUAGUAGAAACCUAUAUGAUUAUGACACUCAAAAUGUUUUGGGGGUGAAAAAGCAUGUUUAUGAUAUACAACCUGCUUGUCAAAAUGAAUCAAAACUAGAUAAGAAGCUUAGGCAAAAGGUAUGUCAGAAGACAGAAAUCAUUUCUGAAAUCAACCAAAUAUAUAAGAAUGAUGACAAAGGAAUGCAUGACCCAGAAAAAGGUAACUUACUUUCUCUAACCCAAAAAGAUAAAGAAAUCAUCCCUGAAAACUUAGAAGAUGCAAAUGAGUUUCAGAUAGCUGAUCCUUCCCUCAGAGGUAAUAGGAAUCCAUGUGAUUAUGAGACUCAAAACCUUUUAGGGGUGAAAAAGCAUGCUACUGAUACUGGGAAGCAAAAUGAAUCAAAAAUAAAUAAGAGUCUCAGGCAGAAAGUAAGUCGGAAGACAGAAAUAAUUUUGGAAAUGAACCAAAAAAAUGAAUUGAACCACAAAGGUGUACAUGACACAGUAAAAGGUGCCUUCUUUUCCCUAACCCCAAAGGAUAAAGAAACCAUUUCUGAAAACCUAGAAGUCACAAAUGAAUUUCAAACGAUUUAUCUUCCCACCAAAAAUAAUGGAAAUUUAUAUACCCAGAGUAUGUUGGAUUUGAAAAAGCAUGUCACUGAUAAGCAACCCGCUCAGCAGAAUGAAUCAAAAAUAAAUAAGAAGCUUAGGCAGAAAGUAAAUCGGAAGACAGAAAUAAUUUCUGAAAUGUACCAGAUAUAUGAGGAUAAUGAUAAAGAUGAGCAUGGCCAAGAAAGCUAUACAAAAGAUCUUAAUUUAAAAAUAAAUAAAUCUAAACAAAGACUUGAAGGCCAAGGUAUUAUCAGUGGAUACUGUAUGGAAAUCAACAGUAAUGAAAAAGAAAAUGGUGGUCAAAUUUCAAAUCCUUAUAAACCAGUUAAAAAGCGUGGGAAAGAAUCGUCAGGCAAGGCAAAGAACAUUUUGGCAAAAGGUAACAACAAACCUAUUUUGCACUUAACAGGUUCUUCACAGACGUCUGUCUCCUUAGAACCAGGUUUAAAACACACUACUGAUGAGACAAAUUCUGACCCUGGAAACCAAAUGGAACUACAUAAGAAUCCAAAGCAAAGCACUACAACUCUGAAUAAAAAGAGAGAUAUCCCCUUCGUGGAAGUGACAAAGGAAGGAGAGUGCCAGGUCAAAAAAAUAAAUAAAAUGACAUCCAAAUCAAAGAAAAGGAAGACCUUCGUAGAUCCUUCUCCAGAUAGUCAUGAACUAAUGGAGAUAAUAUCUGACACCGUUCAGGGAAUAUCAGUUGAAUCUGAAUAUGCUGUUAAGGAAAAAAAUUUGGAAAAUGAGGAAAUUGUCAAAAUUAAGCCAGACUUUUACACAAAAAUGUUGAAAUCUUUAUCUCAGAUAUAUUCACCUAACAGACAAGAUUCUUCCUUUAACAGUGUUCCUGAGGGUUCAAAACCUUUGAGUAUUUCUUCUAGUAAAAAUCUGAAAGAAAAUUUUGCUCUGGAGAGCUCACCCAUCUUUCAAAUAAGUGAUGAUGUGCAUGAGAAGAUGAAAAAGAUGAAAUUUAAAGUCAACCAAAGAACACAAAGAUCAGAAAUAGGUGUUAGAAUGCUACAGGACUUGACAAAUACCAGUUUUGUUUCAAAUAACACUGCUAAAUCUGAAAACAAGUUAGAAGAUCUAUCUUCGGAGCUGUCAAGCCGAAGAAGAAGGUGUACUCCUCUCUCUUUAAAAGAGCCAAGUCUCAAAGGGAAGAUGAGAAGAUGAGUGAAUUUAUACAUUCUGGCUUUUCUGAAUUCUCAAACCAUAACAAGUCAAAACAAGGAUAUAACUAAGAUCAAGAAGAUGAAAUGCAUGACAAAAAGUUUUGGGUUUUUUUUUUCUUUUUCAUUUUCUGCCUUUUCAUGGAGUGUUUAUUCUCAUGUAUAGAUAAUAUGCAUAAAAUAGCUAUUUUGUAAUACUAAGCUUUUAAAAUUAUUUUGGUCAUCCUAUAACAUCUUCCUGCUCAUUUAAGCUCCUUUCAA